UCUAAAUUAUAACUAAGUUAUAACUUAUCUGCAUCAACAAACAAGCAAAAAAAAAACAACUUAAUAAACACUUUAAAAUGUCCUUAUAUCUGCGUACAACUACACCAUAGUGUGCAAUAAACUCUGUAUUAUUAGAUGCUUAUAUACUGCUUAUAAAGGUGGGUGGGGAAAACAAUAAACUAUUUAUUAUUAAAUGCUUGUAUACUGCUUAUAAAUGCCCUGAAUGGCAACAACCACAUUUUUGCGAAGUAUGACUCUGCUGCUGUUGAGACCAAAUCAUGCCAUAAUUUAAAUGAAAAACAUUUUAAAUGCACAUGCAAUGAAUAAAGUCAACCAAACUUAAAACAUUAAAUAUUCAACAGCUCAAUGUGUUUAUCACACUGUUUUUGUGGGGGAGAAACUGACAGUGAGGAAAUCACUUGAUAAUGAUUGGCUGCUAAGGGAGGGGACAGUAUAUAGACCCUGAUAAAUGAGAAAAGUUUCAUGGUCUCCCCUGACAAAUCAUCAAUGGCCAGGAACCUUUAGCAGACACACUCUAUUGCUCCCACCCACAGAAAUUUUACAGAAGUCAAAAGUUCCUUUUUUCAUUUUACAGUCAAACAGCGGGCCUUGUUUAUUUCUUUUUAUUUGACACAGCUGAAGGCCUCCGAGAGUAGCUCAGGUCAAAAGUGUAUGUUAUAAGAAUAAGAGGGAGAGAGAGAGAGAGAUUUUUUGGUUUUCGUUGAGUGAGAGGAAAUUUUGAAACAUUGUGCAAUGGUGCCGCAAAAGUUUUGAAAGGUUGUGAGAGCGUUUUUGCCUGCAUAGCAUCUGCGAGUCGGUCGGUUGGACAAGAGGUCUCCAUGUUGCAUCCAUACAGAAUGGAGAGCUACCUCAUCCCGCCUCACUCAGAAGAAAUGUACGAUCCUGAGAUCUACAGACACCAAAUUACAGAAUAUUAUAAUCCAUAUGUCCUAGAGGCAGAUAUCCAGGCAGAUCACUGGGACUACCACCCUCACCCUCACGUACACCCUGUCGAGUUUGAAAACCUCCAAGAGGCCAACUUCACAGAGCUGCAGAGUGUGCCGGCUCUCCACGCGCCCAGCCUCAUACGACAUGACGCCAUACGGUACGACGCAGAAAGCCUGCUCGAUCCAAAUCUCGGGGCACAUCCACACGUGUUACAGCAACCGAUCCCCAAAAAUCUGAACAUGUCAUGCUGGAUUCCGGUAGCGUUCUUCCCUCGGGCCGUGUAUCCACCGCACGUGUCCCAGCGCAGCUCUGAUGACGAGGAACACGGAGCACGAAGUCCUCCACUGGAGGUGUCUGAUGAGGAGUGUCUGAGAGAUCGAGUCCCUUAUGUCACAUCAGGAGAGCUGGGCAGUAAAAAGAAGAUCCGUUUGUACCAGUUCCUGUUGGACCUGUUAAGGAACGGCGAAAUGAAGGACAGUAUCUGGUGGGUGGACAGAGACAAAGGGACAUUCCAGUUUUCUUCCAAACACAAGGAGGCUCUCGCCCACCGCUGGGGGUUCCAGAAGGGAAACCGCAAAAAAAUGACCUAUCAGAAGAUGGCUCGUGCCUUACGCAACUAUGGCAAAACUGGAGAGGUGAAAAAGAUCAAGAAGAAGCUGACGUACCAGUUCAGUGAUGAGGUGCUGGGGAAAACUCAUCUGGAGAGGAAAUACAUGUAGGCAGGAGGGAUACUGAAAUAAUGUCAAGAGUUAUGCACGAAAAGUGUUGAGUUGUAGUUUCUGGUGUUGGAUGCUUAAUCAAACUUGCUGAUCUUGUAUAUCACAUUUUGUGAAUAGCAUUGCUGCUGUACAGUGGGACCAAUAUUUGAUGGUGUAAAGUCAAAAGGGGGAUGUUGCAGUUACGCUGUAUGAGUCUUAGAGCCUGGGUGACGCCCAGUAUGCAUACCAGUCAAUAUUCUUUUUGGAAAUGUCUGUUUAUACAUUUUCAAUAUUUCGGUAAAAAUUUUGUUUCAAGCCAUGUAACUAGUGAGAGUUGAAAUGUCCCAGUAUAGGCCCGGGCCUUCUUCCUACUGUUUGACUCUCCUUGUGUUGGACAGACUAAAGUUCUCUUAUGAGUAAUACUAUGUGUACUCCAUGUGUUGUAUAUAUAAUUGCAAUUUCAUAUUUAAAACGGCAAUGAGACACAAAUAAGUCUUUAAUAGGAUAGACUAACCUUUUAGGACCAUUAUAAGAAGAAUUAAUAUGAUUGCUUACGUGACAAAUGUUUUGUAUGAAUACACGAAACUCUGUAUAAUUAAGAAUUGCUUGUAAAAACAAUAAAUUGUUCAUAAACGUA